GGAGGAAAGGAGGAGGACCUUCGAGGACGACGAGAUGAGGACGAGGAAGACGAGGCAAAGGACGGGAGGAGAGGGGAGGGGAAAGUGAGGUUAGUGGGAAAGGGUGGCCAGAGAGGGAGAGAGAGAGAGAGAGAGAGAGAGGGGGAGCGUCCUGGGGGGAGUGCGAGUGGGAAAGUUGGAGUGACAAGUAUGCUUCGUGGUUUUGUCCGAGUCGUCUGAGUGGGUCGGUUGGGUUGACAAUGAAGGGAGGGAAAUAGGGAGGGCUGGGGGGGGAGGGGGCGAUCUCGGACUUUUUUUUCUCGGUGUCUGUCUGUUUGUUUAGAUCGCGGUUUGGUUCGACUGUGUUUGUUGUGGCGAAUCUUUGAAAAGAUCCGCGACGAGGAUUAGGAGCUUAUGAAUUGGAUCGAGGAGAAGUGGACCAGUUCCUUUUGAUCGGCGAAUCCACAAGAACGAGAAGUGUGCACUACAGAGGAGGGAGCGGGGAGGGGGAGGGGGAGGGCUCUGGCUGUCUGCGGGCGGAGAAGUGGAAAGGAGGAGGAUGGUGGUAGAGCGACGAAGACUAUGAGAAUUGAGGAGAAUGCUAACGACUACAUCCUAUAAUGCACAGCGACUCACCAUGACGCGCGGCCGGACCGUCGGAUUGUUGCAGGCCUUGGGCGGCCAUUGCUCCUUACUAUGUUUCUCUGGGUUGCUGAUUGCGAAGCUUGAAGAUUAUUUGAAGGUCUCUUGGUGGUAUGUCUUCGUGCCCCUGUGGAUAUUUCAUGCAGUCGUUGCAAGAGGGCGCUUUUCCCUCCCGGCACCAGCACCUCCCCACGAUCGUCAGUGGGCCCCAUGUCACACAGUGGUUGCGGUUCCACUGUUGGUUUCUUUUGAGCUCCUUCUUUGCUGCUACCUUGCGACGCUUGAAGCUAGUCACACAGAAGUCGUAAGCUUGAAGGUCGUCUUUCUUCCGCUGCUGGUUUUUCAGGCUAUAAUCCUUAUUGAUAAUUUCAGGAUGUGCAGGGCCCUUAUGCCUGGUGAUGAAGAGAGCAUGACAGAUGAGGCUAUAUGGGAAACACUCCCGCACUUUUGGGUAGCUGUUUCUAUGGUGUUUUUCUUGGCAGCCACAAUGUUUACUCUCCUGAAGCUUAGCGGAGACGUCGGUGCCCUUGGAUGGUGGGAUUUGUUCAUCAACUUUGGUAUUGCAGAGUGCUUCUCGUUCCUCGUCUGCACUAAAUGGUCAAACCCAACUAUACAAAGAGAUGCUGUCUUUCAUGCCGGAUCUGGUGGACAUUCAUCCGUAUCUCCGCUUAUUUCUAUGUCGUCAGUUAUACAUGACGCUGCCCAUGGCAGUUCCUCUGCAAAUGAUGAGGAUGACGGGAGCGAUGGUAUGUGCGGAAGGCAGGAAAUUGGCGGUCAUCUCCUCAAAAUUCCGGUCUUGGUAUUCCAGGUUCUGCUCUGUAUGCGGCUUGAGGGCACGCCAGCCAAGGCUAAACAUCUACCAGUGACUGUUAUCUUUGCACCUUUGCUCGUCGUGCAAGUACUGGCUUGUAUAUUCGCCACGAUCCGAUUGUUUGAGCAAUUUUGGUUGAUGCUGAGAUUGGGUGACAACCAUACCAACCCAAUGGCAGUAUUUUCGAGGCUUAACGAUUGUUGUGGCUUCCUUCACCAUGGCUCUAGACUUCUGGGUUGGUGGUCUAUUGAUGAAACCAGUCGGGAAGAGCACGCACGACUUUACAGUUCUGACUCCUCAAGUUACCACACCUUUUCCGGGCCUGCACCAGAGGUAGUGAAGAAAAUGGCACGAAAGGACUUGGCGGAAGAGGUGUGGAGAUUGCAAGCAGUAUUAGGUGAACAAGCAGAAAUUACCAAGCAUCAACAGCAGGAAUUUGACAGGCUCCAAACUGAAAAGGUUUUGUGCCGGGUUUGUUUUGAAAGGGACAUCGCAGUUGUUUUACUUCCUUGUCGACAUCGCAUUCUCUGCAGUUUCUGUUCGGAAAAAUGUAAGCAAUGCCCUGUUUGUCGGGCGUCAAUUGAGCAGAGAAUGCCGGUUUACGAUGUGUAAAUAUUUCUAAAGCUAAGGGUACUUUGAGCUGAAGGACUACAUCUCUUGCAACGUAAAUCCGUGCCCUAUCCGCAGGAACGCUAAUGUGUCAAGAAAUUGCUGUAUGAUGUUAGAGUAGAUGUAAAUACGCCUAAGACACAUCAUAGACUGGUUCCAUUAUUUGUAGCAUCACCGCCACAUUGGCCAAUAUUCUCGUAAAUAGUUCCCUUCACUUGAAGUGCUCACAUUUCUAAAAGCUUAGUGAAGGUUCAGAAUGCAGCAGUAGCCUCGACAAUGUGAAAGUCUGGUUGUAUCUCUAAAGUGGCAUAAGUUUUAAGCUCCUGUAAUGAAAGCGUUAUUCAUUCUGGCCCCAGGAGGCGUUAGGUUUGC